UAUUAGAGGUAUCGUAAGUAGCAAAAACAGAAAAGGGUCACUUAAGUUUUUCAAGACGUCGCAGGAGACUUGCCAGAAUGCGAACCACGUGGAGAUGGGCGCUCUUCCUGUGCGCAUUGGUCAUGGGUCACCACGUGAUCAACGCGAGUCAGUUGUACCAGCAACAUGUGAACUUCGCACGAGCUCUGCGGGAACGAGAAAGCGAGCAGGAACUUCGUGAGCACUAUGAAAGGCACUUCUCGAGGCGAUCUGUAGCAGCGCCACACAGAAAUUCCACUUCUGGUAUUGCAAGACACGCACAGGCUCAAAAACGUUUUAUUUUCACUCUCAUUUUUAUCGUCGCAACUGUCACAACUAUCGCUGCCACAGUCGUGGAAACAAUCUAUGACCUUGACCUUGCCGGGUGCUGCGGGCUGGGGUUCAGCUCGCUCUGCGGAUUUGAGGAAAGAUUCAAUCGCGAAAAAGCCGCAAUUAAAGACAGAGCCACAAAGGCCGAUGCUGCUAUAAAGGAAGCUAUAAGUAAAAGAGAUACCAUAGAUGCAUUCUACGAGGCACUUCAGCUAUCUGGGACGGAAGUUGAACGAAUUGUAGCAAUUCAAGAGGAAAUCAUAGGAACCAUGGACCCUAGACUUAAAGAAGGAAUGACAAAAAAGAUCAGAGUACUGGAGGAACAGUCUGAAAGUUCCACAAAGGGAAUUGAUCAGAUGACGCUUGGUGAUGUUGAAAAGAACGUGGACGCGACGCAGAGAACCGUGAAGCUCGUCAUGUCAUGGACAACCGGUGUAGGAAUAUUGGGACUAGAACUCAUCACAACAAAAGCGUACAAGGCUUAUAAGAUAGGGAAGUGUUUGACUUGUAUAACAUCAUCAACACAAUUGUCAAAUGCAAUGACAAGUCAAACGAGGCCAAACGGACACUCAGGGAUUUCGAAAAGGCACGAAGUGAUCUGACGAAAACCGAGAAUGACCUAAAGCUGUUCACCAAGACACUGGAAACCGCAUUUCUCGAGCAGGUAAUACCAGAUGCUCACAAUCAACUUCUACAUAACGCUCUCAACGGUGUGAAUAAUGUAGUCGCCGGCAUGGACCGGUCAGUUACUAGGACAUGGGAUUACAGCAUAUGCCAGACACUCAUUCCAAAUCUGGUGAGCAACCUGAAGGGAUUAAACUCACUGGAUCAGCUUCCUAAUCUAACGAAACAGAUAAACCAAGUGACAGACCAAUGUAUGAAGACCCUGCAGUUCGUCAUGGCUUGUUACCUUGACAAGG